UUUUUGGUCAGGUGAGGCCUAUGGUCUGUACUAUAGUCUGCAGUUGUAGGGGACCCAAAAACCUUGAGUUUUGGAAGUGACUUCGUUUUCAAUGGCCACUAUUGGCAUUAGAUUUGGAGCAAUACACAAUUAGAUAUGCACACUCCAACAACUCCAUCAUCACUUCCUCCCUGUUAUUAUCAUCAUUAGGGUUUUCUUUUUUUCACACACAAGAAGAGAAACCCAUGUCAGGUGUCUCUGCUAAGAUUUCAAAUUUUUCAACAACUAUGGUUGGUCAACUGCUUCUGCAACGUUGACAUUUUCUCUCAGGCAUGUUUCCUUAAAUGCUAUAUUUUUUGCUUAUCAUUGCUUGUUUUUUCCACAAACCACAAUGUAUGAGUUGGGCUUAAUCCCAAAACAAGCAAAGAUAAUAACUUUCUUCAAAACCACCACAUGGGUAGUGCCUCUCUCUCUCUCUCUCUCUCUCUCUCUCUCUCAUUCCAACCUCAAAAAAUCUAGACAUACUCUAAUUUGAAUUUAGAAUACCAUCUUCUCAAAAUGUAUAGGGGUCACUCUAGAAUCCUUCAAAGCAAUGGUGCUAUCACCAACCCCCCUAUUGUUUCUCCUUCUUCUUCUUCUUCUUCUUCUUCACCCUCAGUGCCUUAUGUGUCUAACUACCAGAAACAAACAGCUCCAUCCCCAAGUUCUUCAUCUGGGAACAGAAUAAGCCCUGCAAUUCUUUUCAUCAUAGUAAUUUUAGCUGUGCUGUUUUUCAUCUUGGGUCUCCUUCACUUGCUUGUUAGAUUUCUCAUAAAGCAAAGGUCUUCUUCCAAUAAUUCAUCAAUUCCCCAAUCAAAUAGAUACCCUGACAUGUCUGAUUCAGAUGCUUACCAAAGACAGUUACAGCAACUCUUCCAUCUUCAUGACUCAGGCCUGGAUCAGGCUUUCAUAGAUGCUCUCCCUGUCUUCUUUUACAAAGAGAUAAUUGGCUUGAAAGAGCCUUUUGAUUGUGCUGUUUGCCUCUGUGAGUUCUUGGAACAAGACAAGCUCAGAUUGCUUCCCAUGUGUAACCAUGCUUUUCACAUUGAAUGCAUAGACACAUGGUUGCUUUCCAAUUCAACUUGCCCUCUUUGUAGAGGGACUCUCUAUUCACCCUUUGAAAACUCAGUUUUUGACUUUGAAAGUCAACUUGAGGAAGAUGGGAUGUCAGGAAGUGGUGGAAUUGGUUCUGUUAACAAAACUACAGAAAGUCACAUAGUGAAUGGGAAAAGGGUGUUUUCUGUUAGGCUUGGAAAAUUUAGAAGCACUAAUAAUAAUCAAGAUGGGAUGGUGGUGGAGAGAGGUGAAGGAGAGAGUAGUACUAGUAGUGUUAAUUUGGAUGUGAGGAGAUGCUAUUCAAUGGGGUCUUUUCAGUAUGUGGUGGCUGAUUCAGAUCUGAGAGUGGCUUUAGGCACUAGCAGUGGCAGCAUGAGACAACUGAAGGGAAGAACAGCCACAAAUGGAAGUUCUUUCAUUGAUGGAGAUGCUGUUGAGGGCAAGAAAAUCAACAUUGCAAGGAAAGGUGAAAGCUUUUCUGUUUCCAAGAUCUGGCAAUGGUCUAGGAAAGAUAAGUUGACAGGUUCAUCAGAUGCUCAUUUCCUUAAUAGUUCUACUGUCACUUCAACUUUGCCAUGGAUGAAUAAAGCCAGAGGAGUGUCAAAAGUGGUUUUUAGGAGCAGGAAGAUGAAAGUGAAGUCAAAUUGGGGUUGCUUUUUGGAUGCUGUGGUUUUCUCUAGAGGGCUUGCUUUAUUCGCUUUUUGGGUUAAAAAGAAGUGAAAGAGUUACAAAGGAAGGAUUCCUUCUUCUUCUGUUAGCUCAUUCUUGUGUAUGACGACCCUAUAUGGAAGUGUUAUCCUUUUUGGAUGGUUUAGCACAUGACACACCAAAAUGGGUGUGUGGAAACUGAAAUGUGGGGUGCAAGAGAUUUUCAGAUCAGGAUUGUGGAGUCUUGACCUGACAUCAUGAGCCUAGUGGAUGGUGGUGGGGUUAUAGAGUGCUCUCAAUCUAAAAGAUGUUUCUUAUUUGUUUUCUGUUUGUUUUUUUCAAGUUUUUUGGGAUUUUUGAAGAAA